UAAUGAGCACAAAAAGGAAGGGAGAAAGUUUCACUAAUCCCUUCUUGGAAUAUUGCUUGGCUACCCAGCCUGAUUUAGAGCGGACCCUAGUCCUAUAGCACAGGGGACAGUGAGACGGCCAGCUUAGGACCCCCACCCCAGACUCUCGUUGUCUUCUACCCCCAUGCACACAAAUAUUCCCUACUAAAGCUGGCACAGAGCAGUCAUAAUCCUGGGGCAGACCAGGGCAGAAGGUAGGUAAGGCACUGAACUAAGCAGUAGGGAGUAAAGAGUGGAAAUGGGGAAUGGGGUAGGUAAAGCAUCUAGGGCAGAGGCAUGUCGGGCAAGUUCAUUCACACUCGAUGGGAGGUCACUCAUCUCUUCCUGAUGUAGGAAAAGAACUUUGAGGUAGAAGGUAGAGAAAACAUCCCAGAAAAGUCCAGGCAACCCUAGCCCUGUCAAGGAUUAGGUUCAGCCCAUCAAGCUGAAGUUUACCCAGUCCUUAAGGCCUCAGCUGCCUGGAGUCUCCACCUACUCUGGACUUUGCACUGCAGUGCCUACAGGAGCCAGGCAGGACAAGGGGUAGAGGAUCAGAAUUUCUGGGACACGGCAGCAGAGAAAGCUAGGGCAGUGUGCUGUGAAACUUGCUCCCUGAGAGGCAUUGGGCUUUCCGUCCUACAAUGUGGCUACUCCUGCUUCUUGGUACCCUGCUUUGGGGAGUACUGUGGUUCCUCCGAGACCGACUGGUGCUUCCCCCCAGCGAUGCCUUCGUGUUCAUCACCGGCUGUGACUCGGGCUUCGGCCGGCACCUGGCACUGCGGCUGGACAGGCGAGGCUUCCGAGUUUUGGCCGCUUGCCUGACGCCCACAGGGGCAGAGAAUUUGAAGCAGGCUGCUUCUCCUCGACUCUGCACCACACUCCUGGAUGUCACUGACCCUCAGAACAUCCAGCAGGUGGCUGAAUGGGUGGGGACACUCGUGGGAGAGAGAGGGCUCUUUGGGCUGGUGAAUAACGCAGGUAUCACUGGGAUCAUCGGUCCUACCCCGUGGCUGAAUCUGGAGGAUUACCGGAAGGUGCUGGAAGUGAAUACACUAGGUCCCAUCGGAGUUACCCUCGCCCUCCUACCCUUGCUACGACAGUCACGGGGCCGAAUCAUCAACAUCAGCAGCGUCCUGGGCCGUCUGGCCGCCAAUGGGGGCGGCUACUGUGUCUCCAAAUAUGGUGUGGAGGCCUUUUCUGAUAGCCUACGACGGGACAUAGCCCACUUUGGAGUCCGGGUCUCUAUCGUGGAACCAGGCUUCUUCCGCACAGCAGCGACUGACUUGGAGAGUGUGGAGGGGAUACUUCAGGCCUCCUGGAACCGAUUAUCCCCUGCCACCCGUGCCACCUAUGGGGAAAACUUCCUCUCCAAGUACCUGCAGGCACAACGGCUCAUCAUAAACCUGAUCUGUGAUGGGGACUUGGGCAAGGUGAGCGGCUGCCUGGAGCACGCGCUGACUGCCCGCUACCCCCGCACAAGAUACAGCCCCGGAUGGGAUGCCAAGUUACUCUGGCUGCCUGCCUCCUAUCUACCUGCCAGCCUGGUAGAUGCUAUACUCACUUUUGUUCUUCCUAAACCUGCCCAGACGGUCUGCUGAACCCAUUAGCCAGGAAGAAACCGAGGCACAGAAUGGAAACAUUACAUACUACUGCCGAUCACCACCCAAGCUGAGCUGCCCCAUCCUGACCUUCGCUCCUAUUUCUGAGGACCUAGAUGCUUUUUUUUAAAAGACUGCCACAAAACAAACAACCACCAGGGGGAGAGCCAGGGCUGGAAGCCUUUUAUUCUAGACUCAGUAAGGAUGCACUUCACAAGAGCAUCACUGGAUGUCACCCUUUAUUGCUUCUUGGGUCCCAGUCUUAGCCUUCCCUGGGCAAGUAAAAGGCAAUCUCCCCAAGUAUUGUCCACUGGUGUCCAUCCUCUGGUUGAAGCUAGACACCCAUCAAAUGCAUGAUGAGGGAAUAUCCAGAAUUUUUGCAAAUCAUUUCAUCAGUGUCUCAGCACAGGUAUAUAGCCUGAUCAGAGUGCCACAGGCUUAAGAGGAAAGAAGCUGGGCAUCAUUGGUACUGGGCCCUACACUCCCAUGGUAUCUCUUCCAUUCCCAGCUGCUCGUGAUUCACCCUGCUAAUCCCCUAGCUAAAUUUCUGCCUUCUCCAAAACAACUCCCUCUCCCAAUGCUUUCCCAUAGCUACCAAGAGGGCAAAAGGUCUGGAGGACUAUGGGGGUGCAGGGAAAUGAAGCAUGGGAAUGUGCAGAGAGAAAAAAUUCCAGACAUGGACACAGGAAAAGGGUCAUGGGAAUAGAUGUGGAGCUGAAAAGGAAGACGCCAUGAGCUAAGGGAAAAACUGCUACAUUUGGAAAUAAAGGACCCACGUUCAAGUAGA